CCUUUAUUGUGAAAGUCUUGAGCGGAAGCACUUGUACUACUGUCCCGGAGCUUGAUGGGGAUCUGCAGGCUGGGAACAGGAUGCUGACAGGCCGACCAGACGCAUCAACGUAACGGGGAGAAACCGCAGCAGCAUCCUUUGUUUUCCGGAGCUGGAUGCCCAGAUAUUGUGGGGAGUUGACGGGAGAGCUGAAGCGAGCGUGGAGAGGCGUCGGGGCUUUCCUCUCCACCGUCCCCCUCUUCUCCUCGGGCCCCUGUGGAAGCACUCAUCCACACCACUGCACUGGAACACACCCUGUGUGUCCUCCUUUCCUCGCUCCCUCUCUUUGCAUCCAUCUAUCGGUCCAUCUUAGAUGAUCUCACCAAGAGGUCAGUUGUUGACUCUGGCGAUGCAGUAGUGUAUUUCGAUACAGUGCUUCACCAGUCCCCCCCCCCUCACGAACCCAACGAGUCUGGCUCGGCCCCACCGGGCCCCACAAGCGAUGAGGAGGGCCAUGGGGUUCGUCUCUUUUUAGACUUUUUCCUUUCCACCUUGUGUCUCCAUGUUUUGGGGGUCCUCCAGUGCCCCCGUCCUUUGUCGACCCCCCCGCACCCGCUGCCACCACGGCUGGCCACCCCAGUCGCCUCGUUGCCAUGCCGACAGAGACACUGCCAGAUAGCAAGGCUGCUGGCCCUGCAACGGCAUUCAGUUCUGCGGUACCACUUCGCAUACUCAACAAGGGCCCUGACUACUUCAGGAGACAGGUGGAAUCCAACCCAAAGCGCCUCAGUGCUGUUGAAAGACUAGAAGCUGACAAGGCCAAGUAUGUCAAGAGCCAGGAGGUUAUCAACGCCAAGCAGGAGCCAAUCAAACCACCCGUGCUGGCUAAGCCUCCUGCUGGUCACACCCUGUCCAAGAGAAGCUUUGGGAUUGGUGGAGGAGGACAUGGAGGCGGGACACCUUUCAAGGCGUCAAAUAACAACACCAAGUCGGACACGUGUCCAACGAGCAGCGGCUCCAGCAAACGGGGGAAUUUAAACCUGGAGAUCCUUAAAAACCUGCUUAACUCCUCGUCGUCUCCAGGCGCAGGAUCCGAAGGACAUGGGGCUGGAGCCAAGAGCGCUGUGAUGAUGAGGUCAUCCGGAGGAAUGGCCAGGAGUUGGACACCAUCCAGGAUGCCGUUAGCGUACCGAUCCACAAUGACACUAAAUGAGCAACCACCAGACUCUGCUCCGAGUCCAAGCACCUCGCACUCCCUCCGGUCCUUCUCCCAUUCCCUAAAGGUUCCUCCCAUCCACAGCGGGGGGCGGCGCAGCCCACUGCAGGGUGGCAACCUUAACCUCAGCCGACGAGGCGAAGGAGGUGUGGACCGUUCUCGCUCCCCCCUCCCGCCUCUCCUCACCUCCCACUCCUCCUCAGACCUCCUGCGACUGUGCAACGGCAAGCCGCUCCGUGCGGCGCGAUCCAGCAGCUCCUCGGCUCCGCCCCUCCCUCCCAAGCCCAACCCCGCCUCCCUCCCUCCCCCUGCUCUGUCUCUGUCGCUGCCGCCCCCCCGCCCGACCCCAUCCCCUUUGCUCUGCGACAACACUGCCCCUCAGUCGCUACCUUGUGAUUUGGGAGACCCUUCGAAUGCCGACGCCAACGCGGAGCUGGGUUCUCUGGUGGCUCGGCGCUCCUCGCUCCACCGGUCCAAAUCCGACCUGUCGGACCGCUACGCCCGGGCGGGGGCCGACGUGGAGCGCUUCUUUAACUACUGCGGCCUCGACCCCGAGGAGCUGGAAGCAGUCGGCCCAGAGAACUUUGCGAGGGCCAACUCCGACAUCGUCAGCCUGAACUUCCGUUCGGCUUCAAUGAUCUCCUCAGACUGCGACCGGUCUCGCAGGUCUUCCAACGAUGUUCUGUCGGACGGGGACGACGAGGAGGAGGAGGAGGAGGCGGAGGCUGGGGAGCGGGUUCCAUACGGCAUCUCGGCCGUGGAGCGAAACGCGCGAGUCAUAAAGUGGCUGUACAGCAUCAGACAGGCGAGAGACACGCAAAAGGUGUCACAUGUUUAGGGAAAGCACUGCGGUGGGAUGGAUGUGCUACAGACCAACUGCCCCCAGCUUCAGGAGGGACCACAAGGUCAAGGGUUUUGGUGCUGAACUGAAAAUGUGUCAAAUUGUGGAGAAAGUGAGCAGAAAGGAGUCAACCUGGGACGCCUCACAUGGAAGACAUUUAGACUAAGAUGGUCUGUCCAGGUCACAAAAAAGGACCGUGUCUCUGAGACAGUGGAGAUGGACAGAAUGUUAGGGCCGUCACUUUGUAAAACAAUGAAGACAAAAGUGUGUGAACAUAUUCAUACGAUAUUUCUGUAGAAUGGAUUUAACGAUUCAGAGUGACAAGCUAACAGGAGUUUCCACGGUUACUGUGGCAACUGUUGUAAAGGCCAACCCCCCCCUCCCAUGGCAUCAUGUGCUUUUCUAUGUACCUCCCUCCACCGGCGGCUCGGCGCCAAUCACGCCAUUAAUGACAAAACGUGUCAACGCGGGAUCUUUAAGCCGUAGCAGAAGUAGCAGAAGUAACUUGUGUAACGACGUGUUUUCAGGGCGUUUUUCCACAAAUCCACUCGUUACCUGCUUGAUCUGCAAAGACAGCCACAUCAGAAUUACAAUGAUUUUUGCCCUCCGGACCGAACUCCGAAGUGACAGCCCUGACCACGAGGCCCUCACACACACCGGCUUAGUCAGCUGGACCGUGGUCUGCUGGGAUCAGCAUGAGUGGGUUGUUGGUGUGCUUCUCCUGACAGACAAAGGUCCACUUUGGGGAAGGCUGCUGUCCCAGUGUCGAUGUCCCCGUCUGCACUCACCUUGAAAAGGCUUCCUGGCAUCUGUCAAAACAGACACUGAACUGUCUGUCAAAACCCACUUUGGAAAGUCGUUGGCAAACCUUGUGAGUUGUUAUAGAUGACUGUAAAAGUUGAUCAAUUCAGCUCGAUGCUGUUGCUAGGCUACAUGUUGCUGAAUGAGGCCUUGACGUGUGUGACGGUGACACUGAAUGACACUGAAUGACACUGAAUGAUCCAAACACAAAGAAUAUAAUCUCGUUAAGGUUAGAUAAUAACAACAAGUCCUUCAGAGGCUGUUCCACACUGUCAUUUAGAAUGUAAUUCAAGUGUCAUUUGGCAGAUUUGGUCAAAUGUACUAAAUGUUAUCACUAAUGGGGAUAACACUAUCCAAUCAUCCGAGCUGAAGUCAGCCUGGUGUUUUCCAAUCAAAGCAGCUCCACCCACUCAAAACGAUCAAUCAAUCAAUUCUGUCCAAAUCGGAGGAGGUAACCAGAGUUGGCAGAUUUCCAAACGAUCCAAAUAAAUGAUUUAUAUUUUACUGUUAACAUUUGAGAGUCUGAAGGUCAACUAUUUGUAUCAUUAUUCAGGAUAGAAGAUUUAACCAGCUUUAGAAAGUCUUACCUGAAGGUGUCAGAUCUUCAGCGUCUCCACCUGGAAUAUUCAAUAGUAAAGUGACCCAAACUAGGACAUGACCAUAUCAAAGAUAUGUGGGGUGGUCUCCUCGAUGACCAAGCACUACUCUUUGUCAUCACGUUUGAUUGAUGGAGUGUCUUCAUCCUCUUCAGAACGUCAACACUGCUUCUACUAGAUGAAGGACAUGAAUAAACUACUAAUACUCAUUAUCAAUUGAAUGCACUGACUUGGUUGGGAAAGUGCAGCACGACCGGCGUUCAAUCACAAAGGAAUGUUCCUUGUUGCUGCUCUGAGAUGGUGACGUGUGAUUAUAUAAACUAUGGACACUAGAACUCUCCUCUAACAUGUAGACCACCAGGCCUCCGUCUGCAAUGAGAGAAACACCAGGACGCCGUCCCACCUGUACAGUGCACGGGGGCAUAGGUGGGUUCAGGGCGAUUAUCCUCGGUAUCGCCCACAUGUUUGCACCUGUGUCUGUUUGCCACCUCCCACUCACUCUUUAGUGCGUCCACAGCAAGGACCCCCAUAGGCUCACUUCACUCUCUGCAUAAAUACAUUAUGGACAGAAAAGAGCCUUGAAAUCUGAUCAACUGAUCCACUAAACCUCAAGGCUUCAAAGGGGCCGCGUGGAGGAUUUGGCGCCCUCUAGUGGUGUGGUUCCCUCCAACUAUAAUAUAGUUAGUGUGAGGUGCUGAGUGUGAAAAGAGUCACAAGAUGCAGUCAUUGGAUUUGAGAAGAACUGUACGUUAUUUUGGUAGCGCUUCAAACUACGUUGUUUUUGGGGAACACAUAAGGUUAAUGAAGGUUGGGUUUCUUCAUGAAACAAAGACCGUAAUGAGACCACUGCCUCAGGAACAAAGGUAGUCAGACAUCGGUACCACGGACUCUCACCCUGAGGCUCACAGAGUUCCUGUUUAACAAUCGAUACGAUACAGCGCAAGCACAAGUAAGCACAUACCCUCCUGAAAGAGCCUUAAAAUGUGUCCCAUAGGGAUCACAGAUCUGCCAUGAACCAGUUGAAACUAACGUGGUGGGCGUUGUAGGGAGAUUCAUCUUGACCCAUCUCUUUCUUGCUAACUGGACUGCAGUGGAAGUGAAGUGAGCCCAGCUGGGAGAGAGACUCGGGGUUGUUCUAGCAUGUUCCUGUCCCGAACCCUGAUCCUUCUCCAGACACCCCCUGCUGCUCCUCACUGUCCGCAUUAGUAAAGGAGUCUCCUCGUGCUUCAGUUUCUCCUCUCGCUACAUGCGGUUCCCAUUCAGUUCUCCUGAAACUUUGGAUUGACAGGUAGAGUUCCUCUGUGCUACUUGCUGUGUUUUUAUUUUUCUGUGUAAAUGCUGUAAGAACAAAUGUAUAUAUUUGAUUUUAAAAAAGCCAUGUGUUAGAUUUCCCAUUUUUUUGUCUGAAGGUUUAUGUGUUAAAGAUCGCAAACACACCCGUGGUGUGUUGCUCUCUGCCCUCGCUGCAGGACUCUGAUCAAAGGGGGGGGGGGUCUCAGAC